AUGGGAAGUGAGGAUGGAAGAGAUCCAUUCAAAGGUGUAGAUUGGAAAGCUGUUGGCGGUGAGAUGCAGCAAAACCCUAAUGUCCAACCAUCUCUCGCAAAACGACUCCCCAAGAAAAUUAGACUAGUACCGGAAUUCUAUUUCCUUCCUAAAUGGCCACUACCAUCCGCCUUGUUGUUCUGCAGUGCCUGUAUUGCCGGUGGAGUUGGUGCUGGUAUGCUAGUAGAAGCAUGGAUAGACAAGAAAGUUAAAGAUGAUGGUGGGGUUAUAUGGGAGUUUGAAAAAUAA